AUGUGUGUUUUUUGCUGUCUGUCAGACUCUGUAGGACCCAGCGGAAAACUGCUCCAAUCGGGAGGGAGACGGAGCAAGAGAGAGGGAGAAAGCUGAGUGGAGAGGAGACGCUCUCAGAUCAGUCAGUGGCUUCAUGGAGUUAUGUACCUCUGAUCCGCCGCCAUGGAUUGCAAUCCGCGAUCACUCCUUUCCAUUUUACCUCUUUUGUUGUCCUGCGUUAUUCCUGCAUUUCCUAUUAUCUAUCCUCCCAACGAAGUCAACCUGUUAGACUCUAAAGCAAGCCAAGGGGAGUUAGGAUGGAUUUCCUACCCAUCGCAUGGGUGGGAAGAGAUCAGUGGGGUGGAUGAGCACUACACUCCCAUCAGGACCUUCCAGGUCUGCAACGUGAUGGAGUACAGCCAGAACAACUGGCUUCGCACCAACUGGAUACCUCGCCAGUCCGCCCAGAAGAUCUAUGUGGAGCUCAAGUUCACCCUGAGGGACUGCAACUCCAUCCCCUUGGUCCUGGGCACCUGCAAGGAGACCUUCAACCUCCUCUACCUGGAGACAGAUGACGACCAGGGCAGCCACUUCAGAGAGCACCAGUUCUCCAAGAUCGACACCAUUGCUGCUGAUGAAAGUUUCACCCAAAUGGACCUCGGCGAUCGCAUCCUCAAGCUCAACACUGAGGUGCGCGAAGUGGGUCCCAUGACAAAGAAGGGCUUCUACCUGGCGUUCCAGGACGUGGGCGCCUGUGUAGCUUUGGUUUCAGUGAGGGUUUACUUUAAGAAGUGCCCGCAGACUGUCAGGAAUCUGGCCUCCUUCCCUGAUACGGUGCCCAUGGACUCCCAGUCGCUGGUGGAGGUCAAAGGCUCAUGUGUCAAUCACUCCAAAGAGGAGGAGCCUCCACGAAUGUACUGCAGCACAGAGGGGGAGUGGCUCGUGCCUAUUGGGAAGUGUCUAUGUAACCCAGGCUACGAGGAGAGAGGCAACACCUGCCAAAUGUGCAGGGCAGGCUUCUACAAAUCCACACUGGGGAACGUGGAGUGUUCAAAGUGUCCGCCUCACAGCUUCUCCCACCAUGAGGGGUCAUUGCACUGUGGCUGUGAGAAAAACUACUUUCGCGCUGAGGGAGACCCCGCCUCCAUGGCGUGUACCCGUCCUCCUUCAGCUCCUCGAAAUGUGAUCUCCUCCAUCAACGAGACCUCAGUCAUCCUGGACUGGAGCUGGCCAGAGGACACUGGUGGGCGCAGGGACAUCACCUUUACUGUUCUUUGCAAGCGCUGCCGUGGCGUCGCUGCUAAUGGCAGUAACAGCGGCACCCAGCGUUGCGAGCCCUGUCGGAGCAACGUUCGCUUUCUGCCAAGAGCCAUGGGCCUCCACAACACCACAGUGACGGUGGCCGACCUGCUAGCUCACACUAACUACACAUUUGAGAUUGAAGCGCAGAACGGUGUGUCGUCGCUGGCACCAAAGAUGAGGCAGUAUGCCGCUGUGACCAUCACCACCAACCAAGCUGCUCCAUCUCCAGUAACAGUGAUCAGAAAGGAGAAGACAUCGCGGAACAGUGUCUCACUGUCCUGGCAGGAGCCAGAAAGACCCAACGGCAUUAUCCUGGACUAUGAGAUCAAAUACUAUGAAAAGGAGGAGCAGGAGACCAGUUACACCAUCCUCCGUGCUCGGGGUUGUAAUGUGACUCUGAAUGGUUUGAAGCCCAACACUGCUUACCUGCUUCAGAUCAGAGCUCGCACUGCUGCUGGAUACGGAGCAAGUAGCCCCAGCUUCCAGUUCGAGACCAGCCCUGACUCCUUUUCGAUAUCCAGUGAGAGCAGCCAGGUUGUUCUGAUUGCCAUUUCCUCUGCUGUGGCCAUCAUCCUGCUCACUGUGCUGCUCUACGUCCUGAUUGGCAGGUUUUGUUGCCACAGCAAAUCCAAACAUCCUGAUGAGAAAAGACUGCACUUUGGCAACGGCCACUUGCGUCUGCCGGGUAUCAGGACGUACGUGGACCCCCACACAUAUGAGGACCCGAGCCAGGCUGUGCACGAGUUUGCCAAAGAGCUGGAUGCCUCUUGUAUCGCCAUCGACAAAGUGGUGGGAGCAGGUGAGUUUGGCGAGGUGUGCAGCGGUCGUCUGAAGCUGCCCAGUAAGAAGGAGAUCUGCGUGGCCAUCAAGACUCUUAAAGGAGGAUACACGGAUAAACAGAGGCGGGACUUCCUCGCUGAGGCAUCAAUCAUGGGACAGUUUGACCACCCUAACAUCAUCAGGCUGGAGGGGGUGGUGACACGCAGUAAACCCGUCAUGAUUGUCACAGAAUACAUGGAGAAUGGAUCCCUGGACAGUUUCUUGAGAAAACACGAUGCCCAGUUUACAGGAAUCCAGUUGGUUGGCAUGCUGCGUGGCAUCGCUUCGGGCAUGAAGUACCUGUCAGACAUGGGCUACGUUCACCGAGAUCUGGCAGCUCGAAACAUCCUGGUCAACAGCAACCUGGUGUGUAAAGUGUCAGAUUUCGGCCUGUCCCGGGUGCUGGAGGACGACCCAGAGGCUGCUUACACCACCAGGGGAGGUAAAAUUCCUAUUCGGUGGACAGCACCGGAGGCUAUUGCCUACAGGAAGUUUACAUCAGCCAGUGAUGCUUGGAGUUAUGGCAUUGUGCUCUGGGAGGUGAUGUCAUAUGGGGAACGGCCAUACUGGGAGAUGUCCAAUCAGGAUGUAAUAAAAGCUGUAGAUGAGGGUUACCGCCUCCCCCCACCCAUGGACUGCCCAGCUACCCUCUACCAACUGAUGCUGGACUGCUGGCAGAAGGAGAGGAACAACCGGCCCAAGUUUGAACAGAUAGUCAGCAUCCUGGAUAAACUCAUCCGCAACCCUGGUAGCCUCAAAAUCACAGCCAACACCACAUCCAGGCCAGCCAACUUGUUGUUGGACAGGAGUAGUUCAGAGGUUCCCCCGAUGGGGACAAUGGGUGAGUGGAUGGAUGGAAUGAGGACCUUGCCCUGCAAGGAGGCCUUCUCUGGGGUCAGCUACAGCUCCUGCGACACGCUGGCCAAGACCUCCACAGAGGAUCUGAAAAAGGUUGGAGUGACUAUCGUAGGACCGCAAAAGAAGAUCGUGAGCAGCCUCAAAGCCCUAGAUUCCCACACCAAGAAUGGCCCAGUACCUGUUUAAAAAGUGAACCUGUCUUUCCGUCUGUGUUAACAGACUGUGGUUGCUAAUCGCACUCUAACACAGUGGCUGCGUAUCCAAACUAGAAACGGAUGGAAAUGGAGGAGAAAUAUAUGAUUCAGAUGAGGGCUUUCAUUGUUUCGUUGAAAGACGAUACCAAGUCCUGACAGAGAAACAGGAAGUGUUCAGUGGAGAUCUGCCAGCUAGUUAACUGGCUGACUCUUCAACCCUCCAUCCCUCCAUGCCCAAGUUGAGAUGCCUUACAGACUAAUAGGAGGGGAGAGAGAGCAGAGGAGAGCCAGGAAGGUCGGUGAGACCUGGUCAGGGAUUCAAACUGGGACUGGACUGGGAUACAGGGCAAGGACUGGACUAACAUAAAAGCUGGAGCUCUCCAGUAUUGGCUUAGCUGGAUAGCAUAGCCUUCCCCUUACUGCUAAAAAGGGGACGGGCAUGCUCACAGUCUCCUCCCACCAGCCUGUGGAACGAGGCAGUGAAAUGGCUGAGAUGCCUUGUGUAGAUGAGCAUGGCAGACAACAGCAGCUCACCUGGAUGUGGACCCUUCCUUGACUAAAGAAGUCUGAGACGUGAGAUUUUCUUGUAACUACCUACAUUUACUAUCUCCAUCCAUGAGAGAGCUGAGCUGGUAUGGACACACCUAGACAAUAAUCGAGCCAUUUUACUCCGUAGCUCUAACCUAUAGCAUUUGCAUUCAGUAGACUUGUCACUUAAAAGCAAUAAUUAUGAUAAUCAGUUAAAUAGUUUCAUCAUAUGGAAGCCAUGAGUCUGUCACAUGUAUAAUGUAUCGAACGCUGUGCUUUGAAGGUACAGGGGCCAUAACACACUUCACACACAGAAUUUUCUUUAUGGCGACAUCUAUGUUCUAUGUGCUUAUGAGCGGAUAUUGUACAGUUUUAGUGCUGUUCCCCCCAACCCAAUGCCCUUUGUGUGAAAUCUCAGGAUGUAUAUGUUCUUCAUUCUAUUUUCUCUAACAAGGGGAAACAGACAGAGAAAUGGAGCAGAGCCAGGAAUUGAGAGCGCAGGUCAACAAAGACGGGUGCAAGAAAAGAGGGAAGCUGCAAAAGAGAAAUUGAUAAGAGAGAAGAGAGACCUUAAAGAAGAUGAAGCAGUGUCACCCAGGCCAUCU